CAUUUUUCGUUAAAACAGUCACGUGCAUAUUCCAUUAAUUGAAGAAUUUGGAUUGGAUUAUUGAGUCUAUUGAUAUAAAGUAAAAGAAAACGAAAUAUUAUAAUCAUUUGCCGUGUGUCGGGUAUCUACUGCAUACAUGAUUGUUGAUCUUUCAAAAAAGUCUCUAGGAGUAGGAAAAAUGUCCGGGGAUGACAAUAGUUUGGAUGGGGCAGGAAGUGUUGCAAGUUCCAGCGGAGAUCGACCGCAUGACCGAAGCAUGGAGUCGGACGCUAACGUCAGUGAAAACGGCGUUGACCACGUCAGUGACGUAUCGAUUGAUAAAAUUGAUAAACUCGAUCCCUCAGACCGCGAACUAUAUGAAAAACUUAAAAUGCAAGAAAAGGAAGAAAGACUCGAAAUUGAACGUGAGUUAAAAGCACACGAAGAUGUGUUAUCACACAUGAGAAAACACAAUGACCUGAACAGAAUUCGGGAAUUCCGACAUUCGGAUAAAAUAAUGGACCAAGAUUUAGGGCAGGACCUAAGAGUGAAUAAAAGUGAAAGAGAAAAACUUGAACGAGAGCGUGAGGAUUACAAAACAUUGAGAGAAAACGUGUUAAAGGGGUACACAUCCCCAGCAAUAAACAUUUACAAUCACCCUGCCUACCUGGCAGCCAUGUCAGCGGCUACAGCAGGUUAUCCCAGGUCUCAGACCCCUGAGAGUACCACCUCCACGACUCCACCCCUCGGAGAUGGACCUUCCCACCACUGGACAUUCGAAGAACAAUUCAAACAGUUGUACGAAAUCAGUGAUGAUCCUAAGAGGAAAGAAUUUCUUGACGAUCUUUUCCAGUUUAUGCAGAAACGAGGAUCACCUGUUAACCGUAUACCAAUAAUGGCGAAACAGACCCUCGAUCUUUACGAACUGUUCAAACUUGUCGUCUCCAAAGGUGGUCUUGUUGAAGUCAUCAACAAGAAAUUAUGGCGGGAGAUCACCAAGGGUCUUAAUCUUCCAUCAUCUAUAACUAGUGCAGCAUUCACACUUCGGACCCAAUAUAUGAAAUACCUCUACCCUUAUGAAUGUGAAAAACUUCAUCUAAGUUCACCACAAGAACUGCAAGCUGCCAUUGACGGCAACAGACGCGAGGGACGAAGGUCAGGGUACGGAUAUGACCUGUCCCCGGGGCCAACACUCAUACCUACGUCACACCCACACCCACAUUUCAACGGUCUCAUGAACGGAAAAUUCAAUGGUACAAGUUCAGAUCGAAGAUCACCUAUCACAAGCCUUAGACAAUUCUGGCAAAUGCAGGCUGCACAACAGCAAAUGUGCGAAGAAGACAGUUUACCUCCUACACCAACUCACAGAAGUCUUUCAGAACGUUACGCAGAACGUGACGCCAUGGCAAUGGAAGCAGCGUCUCGUGCGAUGGAAGAAGCCACGCGCAAAAUGGAAGAGGCGUCACGAGCUGCGGCAUUAGCAGCCGAGGAGCCUCCCCGGAAACGAUUAAUGACCGAGGACGACCGAAUAAUGGCACAUCCUGGAAUGCCCAGUACACAUCUAAAAAUAACCAGCAGAAAUGAUGGUAGAACCGAAAUUGACAACUCCUUAGUGGUUUCCAUGGAAAUUAAUGGCAUAAUGUACCAAGGCGUUUUAUUCGCGCAUCAAGGGACACGGCGAAUGUGAAGGUCAUAGUUAAAAAAUAGCAAUCCGGGUAACACAGACGCUUUUAAAAGUGCAUAUCAUGUAGACGCUCUUUGUCAAAAUGAGCGACAAACGGUCAUAGACGCUUUCAAAAAUAGUGUUUCUGAUGACACAGACUUUAUAAAAAGUGAAGACCGUUGAUAAUCAAAAAAUAUAGUCCUGGUGUUCAGGACUACUUUCUAUGCCAAGCAGACGACUUAUUAGCGCGGCAAAGGUGAAUAAAACUGAAAAUAGUGCUGAUUUUCAAAGAACAAAAGCAUUGUGCAUAAUAAGUGACCAUUUUUGUGGGUAAUAUAACUAAUCAAAAUAUAUGUACACAAAUUUUAUCUACAUUAACGUGAUCAUACAAAAUUGUUUUGUGAAAAUGUUGAAACGUUUUUAGCUAGGUAUGGUAUAUAUAUAGUGUUGUCGUUGUUAAAUUAUAAAUAUAUUUGCACUUCCAUAUGCAGCUGGUAUGACGUCAUAAUGAUUGUAUGACGUAAUUAUCGGUUAUGAUUGAUUGAUUUUUAAUUAUGUUAAUUAAAGACAAUAAUGAAAACAUAUCGAAGAAAUGAUUGAAGGUGGCUGUAAUUUUAUAAAUUUGUCAUUAUAAGAAAUAUAUAUUUAAGAUUAUCUGAGAAUUUACUCCAGAUUUUAUGGCAUAGAAGAGUCACGUGACAAUGGUAUCAGCAUUAUGAUGGCUAUUUAUUUAUCCAAAUUUUGACCGAUGUUCAACGUAAGCUCAAAAUGUAUAAGAACAGUUUUAGAUAUUCUUGAACUUUAAAGAAAAAGAUUUUGAAUUGUUAUUCUGUUUACACAUGAAAAAUCAACAGAAACUGUAUAGCUUAUCGCUGUGGGUUUGAUGGUUAUAUUCUAACAUUAUAAUUUUUUAAUGUUUUUGAAAUUAGAUAUAUUUUAAAUAUUGUAAGUAAUGACUCAUAUAUUAAUGCAAGAAAAAAAGCCUUGAAUAUGUAAAAAAUACUCAGGGAUACACUUCCCUUUACCGUAUAUGCACCUUUAGUUUAGAAUGUUUUUAUUUUUACAUCAAUAUAGUUAGUUAACUUCAACCCGAUGUACUGAGGUACUAAAACUUAACUUUGUAGUACCUGAAAGUCAGCUUACCUUGCCAUGGAAACAUUCUUGUCUUAAAAUAACUCAUGAAACCAUUCUCGUCUAAAAAUAACUUUGAAGCAAUCUAAAAAUAACUUAACUUAAAACAUGCAGUUUUUUUUUCUUUAUUCUAGUCAAAGCAUGUUUAACUUAAAAUUAUGUCAAGCUUUAAAGUAAAUGCGUCAACACAAACAUUUUCAUUGUUGAAGCACUGUCGAAUACAUGUUCUAUAUGUAUUAAUAAUCAUGUACAUUUCAAAUGAAAGAUAAAUUUAUACAUGUAUACUUAUUGAGCGCAAAUUGCAUUCAUAAUGUAUAUGGUUUAUAUUUUGUCAUUCUAAUCGUUUACACUGUAAUUUUGUACAAACUGUAAUUGUGUAUGUUGAUAUAAAAAAUUGAAUUAUUUAAUAAAAUGUUAAAUGUCGGUACAAA